UCCAGUCCUGUCUGUUGUACCUGCUGGCUGCUUAACUUAGCUAGCAGUCUUACCUAUCUGCCACUUCUAUUUAAGAGUAAUAAAAUUAAACGAGAAAGAAGAUGAUUUUGCCUUGUUUUCCGCACGAUGUACAGUUGACACGCAAGGAAAACACGAAGACCUUCAGUUCAGUUUUAGUAUUUUAAGUGUUAAAGCGUUUCGCUGAGUCCAUUUUUUUUUGCGUGUAUUUGGAAGUGGAAAAAGACAAAGAGAAAAAAGAGCUUUCCAACAGCUAGAAUGGUUCGGGCCUAAAAGAAGACAAGAGCAACAUGAACCGUGAGGACCGGAAUGUGCUCCGAAUGAAAGAAAGAGAAAGGAGAAAUCAAGAAAUCCAACAGGGAGGAGGAGAGGCCUUUCCAGCUAAUUCCCCCCUCUUCCCUGAACCCUAUAAAGUUGUCAGCAAAGAAGAUAAACUGUCGAAUCGUAUCCAGAGCAUGCUGGGUAAUUACGACGAAAUGAAAGAACCCAUUGGUGACACACUUCCAAAGCUCGGAGGGAAACCUUCGAACAGCUCGUCUUCCUCUGAAGAGAAAUCUGGCCCGCCUUUAUUUGGCGGGGACCAGCGCAGUGUUGGUAGUGGUGGUGGGAGCCAGAGCAGUAAGUGGACUCCUGUUGGCCCAGCAGCGAGUGGGUCUUCAUCCCAAUCCCAGAAACGCUCUGGACUCCCUGGUGGACACAGCAGCCAGAGGAGCAACGGCGGCAGUAGCGGCAGCAGCAACAGUAGCCAAAGAGGUGAAGUGCGAGAAAAAAAGUCAAGUAAACACAGCGGAGGAUCAGAUCAUUCAAAGUCACACACAUCAAGUCCGGCCAAGGGUUCUCUGAGUUCCUCCAGCAGCCACUCGCGGAGCUCCUUGUCCACCGAGCAGCAUCACGGCAAGGAGCGCUAUCGUUCCAGAUCUCCAAGAGACAGAGAGGCCAACUGGGACUCCCCUUCACGGGUUCACACCACCUUCUCCAGUGGGCAGCACUCGAGUCAGACUUUUCCUCCUGCUCUCAUGUCCAAGCCCAACUCCAUGCUGCAAAAGCCCACAGCUUAUGUGCGGCCUAUGGAUGGGCAAGAAACUGCAGAAGCUAAGAGUUCUCAAAUGGAAAGCUACAGCGGACAGUCACACAGCAGCACCAUAGGAGAUGUGAAGCCCAACGGCAAGGCUUCGCUAACCAAACUCAAGAUCCCCUCACAGCCUGUAGAGGGCUCCGGUGAUCCAAACUGUGUUGAUGAAAUUCUGAAGGAAAUGACUCAGUCGUGGCCCCCUCCACUCACAGCCAUCCACACUCCCUGCAAAACCGAACCCUCCAAGUUUCCAUUCCCCACCAAGGAUACACAUGCCUUUUCAAGUGGAAACAAGAGAGGCAGCUCAUCUAAGAGCUCCAGCAGCCAACAGCCUAAAGACUGCAGCGACCCUCCCACUAUGCUGAAAGAAGAUUUGAUAGUAAGCAGCAGUGAAGACAGUGAUGGAGAACAAGAUGCCAAGAAUGCCUCAAGGAACACGUCAGCAAGCAAUAACAGCGAAGCAGCUGAACCAUCCAGGGAUGACUCCAGCAGCCACAGCGGCUCAGAGAGCAGCUCGGGCUCUGACAGCGAGAGUGAAAGCAGCACGACUGACAGUGAAGCUAACGAGCACCCACGACCUGCUUCUCCUGAACCUGAGCAACCCAUGGCCAACAAGUGGCAGCUGGACAACUGGUUCAAGAAGACCAAGUUCUCUCCCGCUUCCCCCGUAGACAAUAACGUCCCGUCAAAAUGUAAAAAAGAGAGCCGGGCAGCGCCGCCUCCAAGCAGGGACUUGCGAGCGCCGCAAAAAGGUGCAGAGGGCGGCCGUCAGAAAUCCCCCGCCCAGAGUAACGGCAGCACAAAUCCUCGGAACCGAGUGGGUAAAAAGCAGCCUAAAAAAUCAGAAAAGCUUCCUGUGGUGGAGGAACCAAAAGGGGGUCUAAAAGUGGAGAGUGAGCCAGCUCCAGAGAUACCUCCCCACCAACCCAAAGCUGCCACUAAGGGUUCCCGGAAGCCAAGCAUCAAAAAAGAGCCCAAAUCCUCACCCAGGCCCUCUGCGGCCACCGUUACCACCCCUACAGACAAACGCAAGACCAAGCCUCCGCAGUCUCGUGAAAUUAUUAGUACAGACUCCUCAUCGUCAGAUUCUGAGGGGAAUGACAGCAUCCUCUCCUCGUCACAGACGCCCAAAUACACAGAGAGUAUCAGGACCCCCGUGUGUGUGUUUUCUCCUGUGGAAGAGAAAGAGCUGCUGUCUCCUCUCAGUGAACCUGAAGAGCACUACCCCAUACGGCAGCCUCACCAGCAGGCGUUGCUCGUUAAGAUAGAUCUCAGCUUGCUGUCGAGGAUCCCAGGGCGGCCUUACAAGGAGCCUGUAGAGAUAAAAGUGGAGCGGGAAGACACUCAAGACCAAGACAGCAAGGACUUCAGUAAGCAGAGCAAGUCCAAGAGGAAACAUAAGAAUGACGAGGACGGCACAAAGCUGGAGAGUAAACGAUUCAAGUCAGAUGACAAGUCUCUAUCUCAUCAUAAAAACAGCAGUAAAGAGUCAAAGCGGCCUUUGGAGAAGAAAGAGGAGCCUGUCCCAUCUCCGUCUAUGUCAGGUCCUCAGCGGACAUCUAAGGGAGACCAUCCAAAUCGGAAGGGGACAGCCAGUCAGUCCUCCAGCUUGCUGUCAAGUGCGAACGGAAGCAGAAAAGAGGGGAGUCACAGCACGAAAAGCAGCUCCACCUCCAAACACAGAAAAGGAGAGGACAAGGGGCGCAGCACACGUGAUGGAAAGGCUGAUGAAAAAUUAUCAGUUAACCAGCUGGCUGUGCCUCCUCUCUCCACGGACGACUCCAAGUCCCAGAGAUCCAAGCUGGUUUUUGAAGACAGAGUUUACUCAGCUGAUCACUACUUACAAGAAGCCAAGAAACUCAAGCACAAUGCAGACGCACUGGUAAACCGUUUUGUGAAGGCAGUUUUCUACCUUGACGCUGUUGUUUCCUUCAUUGAGUGUGGCAAUGCUCUGGAGAAGAGUGCCCAGGAAGCCAAAUCACCUUUCCCAAUGUAUGCCGAAACAGUGGAGCUCAUCAAAUACACUAUGAAGUUAAAAAGUUACAUGGCCCCAGAUGCUACUACAGCAGACAAGAGGCUAGCUGUGCUUUGCCUCCGAUGCCAGUCUCUCCUCUACUUGCGGUUGUUCAAGCUGAGAAAAGACAGUGCACUAAAAUACUCAAAAACACUCACAGAGCACCUGAAGAAUUCUCUAAGUAACACCCAGGCUCCCUCUCCUGGAAUGGGAAAUAAGGCAGCCAGUAUGCCGUCUCCAGUGUCGCCCAAACUAUCACCAGGCACAGCAGUAGGUUACUCGUCUGUCAGCAGCAGCAGCAGUGCCAGCUCAUCGGUGACCAUACCGCAGCGUAUCCACCAGAUGGCUGCCAGCUACGUCCAGGUCACCUCCAACUUCCUGUAUGCCACCGAGAUCUGGGACCAGGCCGAGCAACUGUCCAAGGAGCAGAAAGAUUUUUUUCUGGAGUUGGACAAAGUGAUGGGUUCUCUGAUCUUCAACACCAGCAGCAUGACAGAACUGGUGCGUUACACUCGGCAGGGUCUUCACUGGCUGCGCCUGGACGCUAACCUAAUUCCCUAGCGAGGACACGUUCCCUGCAAGCUGCUUCCUCAAACCCACACACACCCUCAGACCUCAGCUUUUUGUUCACCUCUAGUCCUCCCAAGUAUGCUUACAUGUGGUUAGCCUCUCAGACUUCUCUCCAACACUGUGUUCAUUUUCUGCACCAGCUUGCCAAAAAAACUCAACUUAGGACAUCUCACCAUUCGGCAGCGCCACACAGUGACGUGCAUCAAAAGCUGCAACUGGAAUCAAAAGAGCUUGCAUCGCCUGGCUUCAUAUAUCGGCAUUCUUAUGAAAUUUUUAAAGACCUGGUUUUUAUCUUGGCAUAAAAACACUGGGUGCGUAAUUUAUUCUAAGUACACUAAAACUGGGAUUUUUAUUUUAAGGCUACUUUGGCUUUUUAACUUUUUAUUUGACUUUGUUUCACCAAAGUACCUCCCAGGAACACCAAAGGUGCUUUAAAAUGGACAUUUCUCUUUUAUCAUUUUUGUGCCUUGUAUGUGAGCUACAGGAAAACAGUCACCAAUAAUAUUUGGAACAACUUUUAUUUUUAUUGCUAUAGCCAGACUUUUGAUUGUUUAUAUAAUCAUUUGACUGCAACAAAGCUUAUACAAGUUGU